AUGGGGCAUUUCACCGAGGAUAUGAUCUGGGAGCCCAAAGAAGAUUCUCCUAUGAUUUCUAUCUACCCUUUUGGCCAGAAUGUUCAAGAUGGAAUAAAGUACACCGCAGCCAUGGAUCCCCGAUAUACGGUAACUCCAAUCAUCAUCAUUGCGGCUUUGUGGUACCACUACAACUGGUACUGGAACCACCGCGCAGAGUGGACAAUUCCAGUUGGAGUUUACUUUCUAUUCUGCUCCGCGCAAAUCAUGCUAGUUAUGUGCGGCUUCCCGGUCUUUAUGGACGUGCUUAUCUCUGCGGCCAUUAUCUUUCUUGCUUGCGGGCUUCUUGCCAGCCUUAUCGUGGUGGGACUCGUCAUUUUGGGUUUGCUGGUGUAUCCCUUAAGGGUGGCUUCUUCUGCAGCUCACUUUGGGAACGCCCUUUUCCUGAUGAUCGGGACUACACUCGAUCGCGUCGCAUCUGCAGCCGAUAGCUUCGCCGAGAAACUUCGCCAGUGGCGUGUCUAUCUACAAGUCAAGGUGCUCAAGGUAGUCCAUUCUGUGUUGUUCUAUCUGAAUUCAACGCCCCAUUCACCAACAGGCGGCUCCAGGGAUUGCCCCAGGGAUGGCCCCAGACAUCGCCCAGACCAUCGCCACGAAGAUGGACCUGAGGGUGAACUCGACGAUGAAACUGAGGAGGAACCCGAGGAUGACCGGAUCCGUGACUUGACUACGAACCGGCCCAUCGGCCAAUCGACCAGAUAG